CCCUUCCCUGUGAGGAUGGAGGAUGAAAAGGAGGCAAUGCCUAGCAGUCUUCACUGCCACCCAAUAUGGGCACUGCCCUACUUCAGCCCCAGUUGCCAGGAAACUACUGGGUUCCUCGCUAACCUGGAUUUCUCUAUUGAUGGGCAGCCUUUGUCUUCCUGCCUCGGGUGCGGCCACUGCUGAGGGGGGCCCAUGUCCAGCUGUUUCCCGACAACCCUAGACUCUGGAGGUUGCAGGGAGGGCCACAGGCCAUAGAGCCACGGACUGGGAAACGGAAGUGCCUGCCUCCCAACCCCUGCUCCAGGCUGGCUACCCGCUAGAGCCUGAGGAUGAAGCUGAGCCUGCCGCACUGGCCCCUGACCUGCUUCCUUGUGCUGCUGCCCUGGCCUCUGGCCACUCCAACAUCAACAACCCCUUGGCAGUGCCCACCUGGGGAGGAGCCCAACCUGGACCCAGGGCAGAGCACGUUAUGCAGGUCCUGUCCCCCGGGCACCUUCUCAGCCUCCUGGGGCUCUAGCCCAUGUCAGCCCCACUCCUGCUGCAGCCCUCGAGGGAGGCUGGAGGUCCAGGCGGGCACCGCAACUCGAGACACACUAUGUGGAAACUGCCAGCCUGGGUGGUUUGCCCCUUCAGAGGCCCCCCAUGUUCCCUGUCAGCCAUGCUCCCGGACACCUCUGGGUACUCGUGGCUGUUAUGAGUGGAGGCGGCGGGCCCGACGUGGUGUGGAGGUGGCAGCAGCAGCCAGCAGUGCAGGGGAGACGCGGCAGCCUGGAAACAGCACGCGGCCAGGCAGCCCCGAGGAGACGGCUGCCCAGUAUGCGGUUAUUGCCAUUGUGCCUGUCUUCUGCCUCAUGGGGUUGCUGGGCAUCCUGGUGUGUAACCUGCUCAAGCGGAAGGGCUACCACUGCACGGCCCACAAGGAAGUCGGGCCUGGCCCUGGAGGUGGAGGCAGCGGAAUCAACCCUGCCUACCGGGCUGAGGACGCCAACGAGGAUACCAUCGGGGUCCUUGUGCGCCUGAUCACAGAGAAGAAAGAGAACGCAGCGGCCCUGGAGGAGCUGCUGAAGGAGUAUCACAGCAAACAGCUGGUGCAGACCAGCCACAGGCCUCUUCCCAGGCUGCCACCAGGCGCACACAACCUGCCACACAUCUGCCCACAUCGCCACCACCUUCACACCGUGCAGGGCCUGGCCUCACUCUCUGGCCCCUGCUGUUCCCGCUGCAGCCAGAAGAAGUGGCCCGAGGUGCUGCUGUCCCCUGAGGCGCUGCUGUCCCCUGAGGCCGCAGCUGCCACCACUCCCACUCCCAGACUCCUGCCCAACCCAGCCAGGGCUCCCAAGGCUGGAGCCAAGGCAGGACGCCAGGGCGAGAUCACCAUCUUGUCUGUGGGCAGGUUCCGUGUAGCCCGAAUUCCUGAGCAGCGGACGAGUUCAGUAGCCUCCGAGGUGAAGACCAUCACGGAGGCCAGGCCCUUGGUGGGUGAUCUCCCUGACUGUCCACAACCUGGCCUCCCCAGUGAGCAGCGGGCACUGCUGGGAAAUGGUGGAAGCCAUACUAAGUGGCUGAAGCCCCCAGCAGAGAACAAGGCCGAGGAGAACCGCUAUGUGGUCCGGCUAAGUGAGAGCAACCUGGUCAUCUGAGAGGCUAUCUCGUCUGAGGAUACUGCAGCCCUGACCUGGGAGGUUCCAAAGGCUUCCUGGAGGAGAUGGAGCUGCAGCUAGGCCUGUUGGAUCAAGAAGCAAUGGCCCAGCAGACAAAACCACCAAGGCCGAGGCCUGAAGGUGGGAGUGUCCACCCCAGUAAGGAGGCAGGCCGGCCAGCGGGUGCUGUGUGCAGGAGCAGGUUGAGAACCCCUGCCCCGUCCCUGCCACCCAUUUCCUUCCCUGAAGGAUGUCCUUGACCCUGUGCCCUGCCCUGACCAGAUCCUUAGGGCCCACAGGGUCCUCUGUACCACCAGGUGGCUAGGCCCUCUACCUGGCACCUCUGGCCCCAACACCCUGGUAAUUAGCCACUCUUUGCCUCUGUAGAGGGUACCCCCAGCUCUUCUUCCAACAAGUCCCAUAAAGGGAGGGGUCAACAAAACGUGAGCUGGGAACUGAGUUCCUGGGUUCUAAUCCUGGGCAAGUCCCUGGCCAUUACCGGGUCACAAUUUUUCUGACUGUGAAGUAGAGUGAUGUCAGUGCCCAGGGCCUUCCUGCAUCUUGCAGGCUCUGGGCUGGGUUGUGUGGGUGGAGGGUUUGACUACUUGCCACUGCUCCCAUUAGUAGCUUUAUCUGGCCCCAUUUUUGCUGCUUCUGGGCCUCCACCUUCAAAGCUCCCAUGGGGCUGCCAUCCAUGGCUUUGCCUACAGAAGGGGUUUAAUGCAUGUGCCUGCCCCGGACCCUGCUAUCUUUAUUGAAAUUGAAAAAGACAGACUGACCUGGCCAGGCAGGGUGGUAUAGAGCCCCAGCCUGCCCAGCCCACCUCAAGGUCUCAGGAGCUUCAGGGGAAAGGGGUGUGUGACAGGGCUGUAGAGGCUCCUCUGGCCUCAGUUUCUAUGUCCCUGUAGUGUUGGUGUGUCUGUCCCCUGGCCUGGGCAGUGCGGGCGAUUGCCCAGCCCCAGGCUCCACUCUGGCUCAGACAUCUCGUUAUUUAUUUGGGGUCGUGCAGGCACAGGCCCAACUGCCAUUCCCAUUUCUCUUAUUUAUUGAAACUUCACUGUUGUCCCAUCCUUAUGUCUCCAUUUGUUGAAUAAUAAAAGGUGGGAAAGUA